GCUCUCACGGUGUACACCGGCAAUAACGGCCGCGGUGGUGUCAUCAUCGACGGCGUCGUGGUGGUGAUCGGCAACGACACCGCGGCCGGGCCCACGUCACCGCUGCUGCAGACGGCCACGCCGCCGACGCCGCCGCUCCUCGUCGGCCAACCCAACGUCACCGGCGGCGGCGGUGGUGGUGUCGUAGUGGUCGGCGGCGGUUACUGGUGGUGGGCUUUGCUGGCCGUGUUCCUGGUGCUGGCCACGGCCGCUGGAAACAUACUCGUGUGCCUGGCCAUCACGUGGGAGCGCCGGCUACAGAACGUCACCAAUUACUUCCUCAUGUCGCUGGCCGUCACUGAUCUCAUGGUCGCCGUCCUCGUCAUGCCUGUCGGUAUACUAACACUCGUUUUAGGAAAGUUCCCGUUCGCUUCAGUGUACUGUCUGACAUGGAUAUGUCUGGACGUGUUGUUCUGCACUGCCAGCAUAAUGCACUUGUGCACGAUCAGCGUGGACCGGUACUUGAGCUUGAGGUAUCCCAUGAAAUUUGGCCGAAACAAGACGCGACGAAGGGUGAUAUUGAAGAUCGUGUUCGUGUGGUUGCUGUCGAUAGCGAUGAGCUUGCCACUGAGCCUCAUGUACUCAAAAGACUUCGAUUCGGUACUAGUAAAUGGCUCUUGUCAGAUACCGGAUCCAUUGUACAAACUGAUUGGAUCGAUUGUGAGCUUUUACAUUCCACUAGGCGUUAUGAUACUCACGUACACGCUGACAGUCCGACACUUGGCUGCGAAGAGGCAAAAUCUGCAGAUUGGCUUCACGCACAAUUCGAAUCAAAACAACACGAGGAGGAGCUGGCGGCGUAUGUUGCGCCGGAACUACCGGAGAACUCGGUCGGACGAAACGGACAUCCGGUCGGCGACCGGUGAAGAACUAACCGGCGUGAUAACGUCGUCGACGGGUGCCGGUGGCGGUCGACAGCAAAAGGGUCGUGGCGAUCCGACUGCCAGUCCGAGCACGACGAAACUCGGCGGCAGCAACGGUGGGUCGGUGUCGGGUUCGCGGUCAACGGCAGUGGCUGAAGACGACAGCGGGGCCGCCGACAGCGUGGACGACAGCCCGCGAUUCGGUCACCACCACCGCCACAACCGUGAUCACCACCACCGACCGACGACGCCCGGUGCGAGUUGUCGGGGCACGCCGAGGCCAUUCCAUCACAACCCAUCGGUCGGGUCGACCGACACGGAAAUGACGUCACUGGACGCCCGUGAGCUGUGGCUACCCGACACCGAGCCCACGCAGUCCACCAUGUCGGCUCUGCACCAGUUCGGCGCCGAAAUGCUGCGGCUGUCCCGGGGCCUAGAGAAGGUCGCCUCGCCCGAGUCCAAGCCAGUGUCUCCGGACACAUCCAGAUUGUCGGACAACGGUGGUGGCCAAGAUGGCGACGACGAUGACGAAGACGGUUUAUGUAACGUUGACGACAUGGACGACGAAGAAGAACAAGAUGGUGAAGAAGAAGAAGAAGAAUUAGAAUUGGAAGUAGAAGGAGUAGGUGCUUGUGAUUCGAUGUGCUCAGAAAACGCGUCCACUUCCACAGGGACUCCACGGAGUAGGCGGGUCAAGCGGCAGCGAUGGCGGCGGCGACGGUCGGGCACGUUGCACGAAUCGAUGCGCCGACGGUUUGACGGCCCCAACCACCACCACCACUUACACCAUCACCACCAUUCACACCCGUACUAUCAUCACCAGCACCACGAGCAGCACCAUCACCAGGGACGACCCACUCGAGUCCGGAGCUUCCACGAGGACGAACUGACCAGGAGCCGGACAGGACCCACCUCGUCAGACGUCAACGGGCCCGCAACUGUGGAUAGUGGGCCAAAAAUCGUAGGGACUCUACUAAAACAGGAAUUCCAACGGAAACCUGGUCUGGACGAAGAGAUCUGUCUGCUGCCACCACCACCUCGCCGACGACUGCGUCGCAGACGUUCUGAGUCCGCAAACAGCGGUGGUUCUGCCACCCGUAAUGUGACGGCGGCAUCGGUGACGUCACUCUCCCCAUCACCUGUAUUGGCUGCAAGAACGGCACAUACCAAGACACCGACUCAAAGACAUCCACAGACUGCCACGCGAGUGGACACAUUGACCGUGUGGUCACCUACGUCCAACGCGUCCAAGACGACGACGUUAGCUGUAGCCUCGGGUGGUGUCCAACCGUUGCGCCGGGCCAUGACGCAAAAACCGAUUCGCAAGCAGACGCCAACCGUGAACAUGACGUCAGCCACUGGAAAACGGCACUCGCCACUCGUCCGGUAUGGAUCUACGCUGGGCCUGCCAUCGCGACCGCAGCAGCAAGCGACGCCACAACGGUCGAACAACGCGAGCCGGUCAAGCGUCAUGAUCCGCAACUCGUACCGGCACGGCCGCAUCAUCCGGCUAGAGCAGAAGGCCACUAAGGUGUUGGGAGUUGUGUUCUUUACGUUUGUGUUUCUGUGGACACCCUUCUUUGCGCUCAACCUGCUGCCGUCUGUGUGCCCGAACUGUGAGGCCGGCAUCAGCAAGGGCCUCAUUGAUCUAGUCACGUGGCUGGGCUACGCCAGUUCCAUGGUCAAUCCGGUGUUCUACACCAUAUUCAAUAAAGUGUUCCGACAGGCUUUCAAACGGGUGCUCAUGUGUAAGUACCGCGGCCGCAGCAAGCGGCACUCGUGGCCUCCACCUCCGCCCGCCAGGAAGGUCUAAACCAAGGUCUCAAAUUCUCACUUCGCACACACUCACAUACAUCUCAUUACCUGUUUUUUUCCUGGUUAUUGGUGUUCUCCGCAAUCAUGGUAUCCUGUGGUACCGCAAAAAUCUCUCAAGCCGAGACCACAGCUGAGUCAUCUAUAGUGUCGUGUGGAUUUUAUUUUGAUCUGAUCGGCCGUUGUAAUCAUGAUAUAUUGGUAUCAUUGACCAACCAAUAGAUGUCAAUAGUUGGGCCGAUCUCAACUUUUGGACCCAACAAGACAUGACAGGCAACAUAGCUGUGUAUUUGACUUUAUUCGUGAAUAUAAACACUGACUAACUAUAGAGGCAUAUAUGGUUAAAUACAAUUCAAUUGUUCAAUAUUAAGACUUCAACUGGAAGGUUUUAAAAAUAAAUUAAUAUUAAAAAAUUCGAAGAGAUCCAGCGCAGUUAUUAACAAUAGUUUUCCAUAAAAUGUUAAUAUAAGUUAUUUAACUAGUGUAAAAAACAGAACUGCACUCUAUCACCGUGGGCAUCAUAUUGAUAUAUAUUACUAUAUUAUUUAAAUUUGGCUCAUUCAAAUAUUCGUUUCGUUUCGAACUAUAUCUAAUCUAAAAAACUGCUUCAAAUAAAUUGAAUUUGAAACAUUUUACAAAAUUAUAUCAAGUACGAAUAUUUCAAAAUAUACAUUAAAAAUGGUCAAUAUUUUUUAAGACCACAGUAAAUUGAUCAUUUUAAAAAGUCCCUUUUAAAUGACACGAUUAGGUACUCGCGUAAAAGAACGUCUGCAAAAUCUAUGCUCUAGUAAUGAAACGUUUUAUUAUUCGAAAUACUUUAUUCUUUUAUAAUUUAUAUAAUACGCGGUCGCAUUUCUUGUGAAAUGUCGGAAUGACAUAAAAUAAUCGAAAAAUGUAACGUAGCAAAUAAAUACGUAAAACUAGCAAGCUCGUCAACACAAUAAUAUUAUUAUUAUCAGUCCCCAAAUUUCGUGGAACUCCGUCCGCAGUGGCACAAUUGCAGCUUGUUUUUAGUAUCUAUUAUUAUAGACGUAAUACCUUGAAUAUUACAAUAUGAGAAUUGAUAAAUUGAAUAUUAUGUUCAAUGUUCGCGACGUGACAAACAGUAACCCAAUAUUUCAAUCGAUUUUAUUUUUCAUCGAAAUUAGUACACUCACUUACAUGUACAGCAGUUUACAAUGAAACGAACAAAAUGUCUAUCACUUUUAUGGCUAUAUCUAAAGGUGAGCUAGUUAACUUAUAAUGAAACAAUUAAUUUUUUUUUAACAAACUAAUUAGUAACUUAACUUAGGGACUUAACUAGAUUAUCUGACUAUUGAAAUAACUUAAUUUUUUUCAAAAACAAUCCAUCAUGUCAAUAUGAAAAAAAAAUUAAAUUUAUGGUUCUAUACGUUAAUAUUAGUAAUCACUGUUUAAUGUUUAUAUUGUUUUAAAUAAAAAUAAUCUAACAUUAUAUUAUUGAUACUAAUAAUUAUAAAUCUUUCUGUUAUGUAUGGUUAUAAAAUAACGUUAAAUAAUAUAGAUACAAUUUAUAUCCUCGUAGUCCGCACAUUUAAUAAAAAAGUAGAUUUAUUUGUUUUUUAAUUGAGUCAAGUUAAAUUGUUUUAACACUGUCUGUGGUCUAGUAAAUGUUCGCACCAUCUAUUGGUUCUAUCGCAUCCUCUCCAUGCUUUCAAUACAAUAUUUAAUAGUACAUUGUUAGUGAUAGGAUCAAAAAUUCUUUUUGAUUACCCAUUCAAACAAGUUGAAGGAGUUCAAUUUUUUAAACACACAAACGAUUUUUAUUUUUAAUAUCUAUUUAUUACUGCUCUUUCAAAUACAGUGUUGUUGUUGUUGUUGUUGUUAUGUUCGUUUUGAAAUACCGACCAGCUUUGUAGCGGUGCAUGGGCGGAUGUGACGAGGGUACUAGAGACGAACGAUAAAACAUAUCAAUCUCUUUUCCACAAUACAGAAGGCCGAUGUUUGUUUGGAGCGAAUAAACAGUUUUAGAAUAUUCGGGUAUUCUUUCGGCGGCGUAAUAAUAAUGUAGUCCCUGUAAAAAAAAAAACACAAAAAACAUUCCGUUCUGUAAUAUAUUGCAGUUCUCGCUCAUGUAGAGUAAUUAAUCGCGUUUGAAAUGAUUUAUUGCUGAGAAAAUGUUUAUCCGACACCUGCGAAAGAGUGGAUUAAAAAAGAAAAUUAAUUCGAGGCGAGAGUGCAGACCGAUAAUAAUGUUAUUAUGACGGGUGCAGUAUCUAGACACCGAGAUGCAAUAACGCGGGGAUCGUUCGGUACGUUUUUUAAUAAUAAUAAUAUUAAUGUCGUAUUACCUGUGGAUUUUUAUUAUUUCCCCUCAUCCCUCCUCUUCGCCGUCUUCACGACAGUGCUGUACCUGCGUCAUGACCGCUUUCACACCAGCCGUCUGUUUUUUUUUCGACUCUUUUCGCAUGCAUAAUGUAUGAUAAUGCACUUUUCGAUGAAAUGAUGUCGACCGGUGUUAUUAGUCCAUUAGGAUGGAUCAUGUACGUUUUAUGCACUGUUAAGUCCAAUCAUUAUGACUAUACAUUAUUUACUAAAAUAUUUCAUAAUACAGCAUACUGUUGAACAACUGCAGCGGAAAACAUUCAACAUCUUUAAUUCUUAACUUGGUAAUACAGUUGUAUAGUUAUAACUUAUAAGUCAUAAUUGGAAUAUCAGUAUUUUUCAAAGAAGAUUUUUGUAUGAUGUGAUCGGAGAUUAAACUAUAAGUAUCUAUUUGAGUUUUACUAUUGGUAAUCUGUCGUCUUGAGCGAUAAAUUUACUACACCAAAAUACACCAAGUUUUAUAAUUUGUUUAAUUACACGUUAUAGGUCGAUAUAUCAAAUAUUUAAUUAAAUAAUUAUAAAUGUAUGAACAAAUUUUGUUUACCAGUUCCAUUUAGUUCACCAUCCCUUAUGCCACAAUUCUAAUACACCAUUCAGUUGUGUACUCAAUCUUAAAAUACUGUCAAAAUGAGAAAUGAUACAUUUCAUAUUCAAGAACAGUUUUCCAUCAAAUUGGCUACUUAAUAAGUAAAAACCAUUCUAUUUGAAAAUUCAUUAGAUCAGUUACCUGUACGAUGAGUACAAACAAUAUUAUGACAAUAUAAAAAUUAAAAUAGUAAUAAAUGUGUAAACAAAAGUUAUUGCUCGGAAAAAAAUAUUAAAUAAAACAAAAACUUUCGUGCAAACUAUCAAACAAUAUACAGUUAUAUACUCAAGCGUUUUCAAAUAAGAAAAGGGCGCAGACAAAACAAUUAACUAAUUAUUAUUAUAACAGUUACGUUUAAAACUUAAUUAAAUUUCACUAUAAUUUCGUUCAAGCCGUCCUUCUGGUUCUAACUUCUAGGUUUAAUCGAGAUCGUAAAAUUAUGGCAUAUAAUAUAUGGAAUGCAUAUAUGAGUGUGUGUGUGUGUAAGUGUUAUAAUGUUUACAAGUUUGUGAAAUCCCGAUUAAAAAACCAUUAACUUUCAAAUCGGUGGUAGACGGUGUUGCACGAAUAUUAUUUUGUAAAACAUGGAUGACUAUUUGACCGAUUGAGUAAACCACGAAAGCGGUCAAUAAAAUAUCUACAAUCGUUCGAAAAUGCGACCACAUAAAACUUUCCACAACACCAUAAUUAUACGAUUUAUUAUCGUGAUAUCUUUUAUACGUUAAAUCUCAUUGAGCCAAGUUACUCUGGCGCGCUGCGUUGUCGACAUACGUAUCUAUAUGAUAUGGGUAAAUAGGCAGGUGGAGUAGAUGUGCAUGCUAAACGAUUUGAAUAUGUAUGUUUAAAUAUAAUAUGAUAUAUAUAUAUAUAUAUAUUAUAUUAAAACGUACGCCCAUAAGAUAAAUAACCCAAAGAAGGCGGAACUUCCGUGCCGCCGUCUGGAAAACCUAACCUUUAACUACAGCAGCGGUCUGCCGACGACAGACCCUUAUUGUGAAUUUUUUUCCUUCCGGAACAACGUUGAGUCUUAUCGUUCGUACGAGUAACAAUGAGUUCCUGUCCGGCGUGGGUUGCAGCGCGUAACUUCCGCGUGAAAAUGACAAUAAUAUUUUCCAUUUCCGGUUUGUCGUCGUCGUCAGAUAGUAACAAUAUUGUCGAAAAAGGUUUACCUCAUACAAUAUACGUCAUACAUGUAUAAUA